AUGGAGGACGGAGUUUACGUUCCGCCGGACCUGUCCCCCGAGGAGCGCCGGGAGCUGGAGUCCAUCCGGCGCCGGAAGCAGGAGCUGCUGGGGGAGAUCCAGCGGCUGCGGGAGGAGCUCAGCGAGGCCAUGAGCGAGGUGGAGGGGCUGGAGGCCACCGAGGGCAGCAAGACUCUGCAGCGGAACCGGAAGAUGGGGAUGGGACGGAAGAAAUUCAACAUGGACCCCAAAAAGGUGGAUUCCAGGCAGUUCCUGUGGAGUUUCCGGCUGCCGGGGGAGGCGCAGAAAAUCGAUCGGAUGAUGGAGGCGUUCGCUCAGCGCUACUGCCUGUGCAACCCCGGCGUGUUCACCUGCACAGACACCUGUUACGUGCUCUCCUUUGCCGUGAUCAUGCUCAACACGAGCCUGCACAACCCCAACGUUCGGGACAAGCCGUCGGCCGAGCGCUUCGUGGCCAUGAACCGCGGCAUCAACGACGGCGGCGACCUGCCCGAGGAGCUGCUCAGGGUGAUUUUUGGGGUGUCCCAGGUGUUCCCAGGUGAGCUUGGGGUCUCUCAGGUGACUUUCAGGAUGUCCCAGGUGAGUGUCCAGGUGCUCUCAGGUGAGUCUCAGGUGCAGGGGUCGAAGGGCAGCGUGGUCACCCCCCCCCUCAGGUGA